ACGAGAGCUUCGUUACGGUUAGAAACCUUAUUAACGCGGGUGAGAACAAUGCUGCUUGGUUCGUCUCAAAUGGCGCAAUGAUAGAAUUGACGCACAUCCUGUUCAAUCAACAGCUUCACACGUUGCAUGCUGCAGCGGCUGAACUGCUCGCAGUGAUGGUCCGAUGGGCGGUCAUCCUCAUUCGAACAGAGAGCAAGAAGAACGUGCACUCAGCCACGAACGCGCUGGUGCAGCUGAUAGAGGCCAUGUACAGCCAGCCCAGGUCGAAGCCGCUCAAGAAGAGGAUGCCGCAGACAAUGACUGACGAUGACAUCGAGCUGAUCAUAGA